UCACCGGGGGGUGGGGAGAUGAUGACAGGUCCGGGAAGCCGCCGUCGGCAGCGGCAGACCGCGGGUGCCAGCUGCCCGCUUGCUCCGGCCCCCGCCAAACCGUCCCCGCCGCCCCCACCAUGGGCUCCCCGCAGCGCCCGCCGCUCGCCCACGUCUUCAGGGGCACCUUCGUGCACUCCCGGCUCUCGACCCCCAUGGAGAUCCUGCACGGACACCUGCUGGGGGUGGACGACGGCGGCACGAUUGUGUUUUUGGAGCAAGCUGAUCAGCAAGAGCAGCUGUCUAAGAAGUGGGGCUUCAAAACAUCUGACAUAAGAGAACUGAGUCAUCAUGAAUUCUUCAUGCCAGGAUUGGUUGACACACAUAUUCAUGCUCCUCAGUAUUCAUUUGCUGGAACAAGAGUAGAUCUACCUCUUUUGCAGUGGUUAACUACUUACACAUUCCCAACGGAAGCCAAAUUCAAAGACAGUGAUUUUGCAGAAGAAGUGUACACAAGAGUUGUUAGACGAACUCUAAAGAAUGGCACCACUACAGCUUGCUACUUUGCUUCAAUUCACACAGAUACGUCUCUUCUUCUGGCUGAAAUUAUAGAUAAAUUUGGACAACGAGCAUUUGUUGGCAAAGUCUGUAUGGAUAUAAAUGACACUGUACCACACUACAAAGAGACUACAGCUGAUUCUGUUCAAGAGACAGAAAGGUUUGUUAGAGAGCUAACGGAAAGGCAAUAUCCAAGGGUACAACCUAUAGUAACCCCCCGCUUUGGCCCUUCCUGCACAGAAGAUUUGCUGCGUUCACUUGGUGAUUUAGCACAAGCUCAUGACCUACACGUGCAGAGUCACAUAAGUGAGACUGAAGAAGAACUCAAACUUGUGGAGAAUAUGUUUCCUUCUUAUCAGAGUUACACUGAACUGUAUGAUAAAAACAAGCUGCUUACCAGCAAGACAGUGAUGGCUCAUGCCUGUUAUCUUUCUGACGAAGAGCUGGAACUUUUUAAUCUUCGUGGAUCUGCAGUAGCACAUUGCCCCAGUUCUAAUUUUUCGUUGAGCAGUGGCAUCUUAAAUGUACAAAAGGUUCUCAAACACAAUGUGAAGCUUGGCCUCGGCACAGAUGUUGCUGGGGGAUAUUCAGCUUCUAUGCUUGAUGCUAUCAGGAAAGCAAUGAUGGCAUCUACCACCCUUCAAAUUAAUAAAGUAAAUGAAAGAGGACUUACUCUUAAAGAAGUUUUUCGACUUGCAACUUUAGGAGGAAGCCAAGCUCUAGGACUAGAUGAUGUGAUUGGAAACUUUGAGGUUGGCAAAGAAUUUGAUGCACUGCUCAUCAACACCAAGGCUUCAGACAGCCCUUUUGACUUGUUCUCUGCCGAUACUUUUGAGGACAAUCUUGAGAAGUUCCUUUAUCUAGGUGAUGAUCGGAAUAUUUCUGAAGUGUACGUGGCUGGAAAGCAAGUGGUUCCUUUUUCAAGUUCAGUAUAAAUCCAUUUUUCUUUUGCACAAUAUUCUGCUGACCUCUCUGCCUAUGAUUUGAAAAAAGAUUGGAUAAACACAGUGCCUGAUCAUCAGGAAUGACAUUUCAUUUAUGUUUAAUGUUUUAAAACUUUCAAAUGUGAGAAAAUUUGUUAGAUCUUUCAAGAAUUAUGUUACCAAAAUUGUCACAGUUCUAAGAUGAAACAGGCAUUUAAAUUUAUCUGUAAAAAUAGUAUAUGUGCAUCAACAAGGGAUUUGCUAAAUAUCUUACUUGAAUAGGACAACUGGUGUUCCUUUUAAUAAUAAUGUAAGAAGUAUUAAGGAGAGCAAACAAAUUCUCACUGUCUAUAAGAUGUUUAAAUUGAAAAAAAUGCCAGUGCUGGUUAACAAUUUCUGCAAAUAAUGAAUAUCAGAAACAAGUGUAAUUUCCUUUGUAUUAUCACCAAGCAUAGAGAAUUUAGUGUCAUUUGAGGGCAUUCAGAACAUUUUUCAUUUUUGUUUAUGUAUGUGAUUAGUUUUCAAAAUUUAAUUUUAAGUAUUUUUUAAUUGAAAUUAAUUAAGAAGUAUGUACUUAUAAUCAAUUAAGGGUCCUUAUUAUCAACAAGCUCAGAUUUCUGAUUAACAGUCAGGCAGAAGAGAACUGGUGGAAGAACCAAGUAAAAAAUACAGAAUUGGUCGAACAGAACAAGAGCAGAAGGGCUGCACCAUUCUGUGAUGCUGUGAGCUGAAACUACAUUUCCUCAAAUUUCACUCUGAUGUUUAGAAGCAGUCUGCCUAAUCUUCCACCCAUUCUCUUAUUGAAUCUCCUUCAGUUGAGUGACCGCUGAAUGAAACACGCAUAAAACCAGAAGCAGGCACUGAGGUGUCUGUGCGCUUCUCAGUUGAAAAUACUUUUUUUCUGGACUAGAGGGCGUGCUUCCUCUAGUUCAGCCUCUUGCAGAACCUUAUUAAAUUCAUUUGCUCCUGAUUAUUCAGACUAUGAGUUAUAAAAUAUCCCUUCUGCUUUCUGUAGUAGAAGUGAGUAUGUUUAAAGCAAAAGCUGCAAGAAAUGGUCUAUCUCUCAUUGUUACUACCUUUGACUUGAGAUGUUAAUUCCUCUCUGGAAAGAAGCAACUCAAUUUCAAUGUGUUCCUUUGUGUCUUUCAACACUGGAACAAAAAUUCCAGCCCUGUACAAUGCCAGCUAAAAAAAAAAAGAAAAAAAAAAAGUGCACUUUUUAUUUUAUUAGUCCAUGUAAUUUCCUUUCUUUAAAAAGUGUAUUUCCCUGCUUAUUAUUGCAGGUUUUGUUUUGUUUUGUUUUCCCGAUAGGAUUAGUUUGAGAAGGGAGUUUCUUGUUCCUUUAUUAUGUUGUUUUUGUUUGUUUGUUGUUAUUUUUUUUAAUGCAAAGAAUGUAAACUUUAAUUUCAGUGCCAGUGGAGACAAUAUUGCACUGAAUUACUGUAUGUAUGUGUUGAGUAUGGUUUUGGGGAUUGCUUCAAACUCGUUCGAUUUCAAUGAGCUUAGUUUCAUACUUUUAUCUCACUGUCUGAUGAUACAAGGGUGCAAGACCUCCUUGUGCUCCUGAAAUAAGGUAACUGCAUGAAAGUCUCACUCUGGGUCUAUGUACGAGGGAACAUUUGGCCUAGUAUCGCUAACAACUUGCUCUGAUUUUAACAAACAUUUUCAGAGCUUACAUACAUUUAAGGCUAUACCUAGAUGAGACAGUUUAGCAUCAAGUGGAACUAUACAAGCUAGCUUAGGCAUUGAAAAUACGUAAAGUCAUUUUCAGUGUGGUGUGUGUGUGUGUAUCUUUUUUUUUUUUUCCUUGACGCAGAGUAGCCCUACUGAACAGCAUGGUAUUUUGGCUUGCAUAUGCCACCCUAAAGCUGCUGCACUGCUUGCUCAUAUAGAGUUAGCUCAGGUAUCUUCACACUGCACUGGUCUGUGCUGUAUGUUUGCUAAAGUACACUCUUUUUUUUCCAUUAUGUUUAAUCAUUCCUAAGGCUUUAGGAUUUAAGAUUUAAAGAUUAAAGUUUUCACAUUCCAUCAAGGCGUCUGCUUAAAAAGAUUGUUCGUCAUGUGUCCCAAUUACAUACAUAGUAGCACACUUCCUUGGCAAAUACAAUCUGCAAUUCUUUAACUUGGUUUCCUGAUUCAGGGAGCAUUUUUCCUCAUGAAUUUUGACAUGAAUUAAUUGACCAAAUUUCACAUUCCAAAACCAAAGAUCUGUGAGACAUAUGUUUUAAUUCUCCAGUUACUGUCUGAAACUAUUUUUAGGGAGUUGCAUAGUUUACAGCUUUGGCUUUCCUAUAGGAAUGUAUUUUGGGACAGAGAAAGAUUACGCAGCUUUGUGUACUAUAUAUGUUUGUGCUGUAGUUCUUUGCUUCCAGAGCUAUGAAUUAUAUCAACACUUUUAUUUAGUGGUAGUCCAAACCAUGCCUGACUUUAUUGCUUCCUUGCUAUUCUGUGGGGUUGUUAAGAAUAGGAUUCAGUAUUUCUUCUUGAAAGAUUUGGCAGGGGGAGGAGAGGUUGCUUAUUUGCAAAUUGGGAAUACAGAAAAAAAAUCUAACAAGUUCAACACUAGCUCCUGCUGGCCCAUUUACAAAGGGACUCCCUAGGAAAAGUACUGCCAGUGAGCUUUGGAUUUGGAUAUGGGAUGUGUAAUGAGCAGUUUCACUCUUGUUAAAAUUCAGGCACAAGGCAGGAACUCAGCUUUUUGAUUAUAGCUUUACUGAUGUCUGGUAGCCAGACACAGUCCAGACUUGGAACUGGAGAAUCAUCUUUUCAAGAAUCUCAGCUGAAGAAGGAGCUCUUCCUGCAGCCCCAUACGCUCCCUGUGACGGGGAGGAGCAUGGGCCAAGAUGAACAGUGUCACAUGUGAGGUGCUUAGUGGUAAAGAAAAGAAGCCAGAAUUUGGUGUGAGAGGGAGCCAGUGGAGAAAUUAAUAUAGCCACGUAAAGAACAAAUUGGAAGGUAGUUUCAAUAGAGGCAUCUUAAAUAGAAUUGAGUGAAGCAACACUCUCAUGCCAGAAAAAAAGAAAAAAAAAUGAAGUAGGACCCUUUGAGGUAGACCUAAAAGCUCUUUCAGUGCUUUUCAGGCUUACACAAUGAAAACUUAAUGUUUUAGGAGAGUCAGAGGAUGUGUUAGCCAGACUUCUUUGAAGCAAUUUUGGGAAAGUAACUGAGGACCCCUCUGUGGAGUCCUUGGGACUCUGUGGCUGUGUGCAGAUAGCCAAGAUGCUUGGUGCAGUAGGAGAAUAUCAGUAGAUGAAAGUGGUUACUGCUGAUACUCAUACCUCUACACCGUAUGCAGUCAGUGCCUACAUAUAGUCUGAUUCCUUGGAUGAAUGUCCCCACUGCUUACAUGGUCUGAAGCAAGCCAAAUAAUUGGUGCAGAUGCUUGAAGUCUCUAUUAGAGUUUGGAGUGUAUUUGGCAUGCAACUGAGCCUCCAGUGCAGAUUCUUCCAAGAGAAACAUAAUCCUUUGUGGUAUACCAAAACUGCCCUACAAACUGAACCAAUAUUCAGUCAGUGAGGCUGACUGGAAAAUUCACUUCAAAACAACGCUACUAUCUCAAACCAAAAAUGCUGAUAGAUGCAAGGACAUAACACCAUUCCCCCUCCAUACUUAUUGCCACAGACAACAAAUGAAAGCAACUUCCUUUCUCCUCCCUCCUCUUUCAAAAAAUAUAAAAUAAUAAUAAUAAUAAAAAAAAAAAAGUAGAAAUAAGCCAGCCACACACUAAGGGGAGAUGACUAAGUAGAAUAAAAGAUAAUUUUCAGUCAGCAUAAAUUGACAUCAUGCUACUGACUUAAGAUAAAGCCUCUGGAAAAAUGUACAUGCAACUGUUUCCAGAUGUCAGUCCUCAUUAGUUGUCUUUUCAGAUUGUGGAUGGGAUCUUUAUUUUUAACAUUUAUUUGUGUUUAGCAUCAACAAACUUUUCAGACAAAUUAAAAUUAAGGGUAGUUUGUGGAAAGCUUGCUUGUUGGGACAAUGUGUUUAAUGUGUUCUAUGUUCAGAUGACCAGCUAUUUAUUAUAAAUGGAGUAUAUAUGAAUUACUUUUAUAUGUUGAUCUCAUUGUGUCACUUUAGUUUUUGAUUAUUAAUGAAAUGCAAGUAAGUAUUGCUUAUGCAUUAUGCAGCAUUAUUUGAAUUAUUCAUGUGUGGCAAGUGGAGUUAUUCACUUUCAAAUGUUGGCUUGGCUUAAUGUUUAUAUUUAUUGUGUGGUUUUGUGCAAUCAGAAAGCUUUAUAGGAAAAAAAAUAUAUGUUCAUUGUACUGAGAUUUUCAUUAUUGUAACUGGAAUUUCUGUCAAAAAGAAAUGUUAAAGUGACCCUGUUUAAAAGUCUGUGCCUGAUUAUACAGUCAUGAAUGAAAAAAAGUAUAAUGGUUUUAUAAAAGCUGACACAAAUAGUAAUGUUUUAAUUAAAAAUAUAUAUAUUUACAGAGAAAUAGAUUUUUUAUUCUAACCAUGAUUGUGCAGUGCAGAUUAGCAAAAUUUAAUGAUUCUUGCUAAAUACCUGCUAGUCUGCUGAGCAAAGAAUAUAACUUUGAUUGUAUAUUUAACAAGGAUAUACAUGCUUUGAAAAAGAAGAAGCCUAACUUCUUUCACAGAAUAUCUCAAUUUUAAUUUGAAGUUAUAUUAACAAUAUUGCUCAGAGAAAGAGUUUGCAAAAAAAAAAAAAAAAAAGUUAUGUUUUCCUAUAAACAAUUCUUAACAGAUGACAGAGUGGACAGCUUCUAAAAUAACACUGGGCUUGUGUGAAUAAAUGGUAAUAUAUUACAUGCUGUCCUGUGUAUAGUAGUGGUCAACACAUCUCUAAAGAGAUGGUGCACAAGUAGAAGGAAUAUCAGGAAAAAAAGAAAGAAAAAAAAAGAAAAAAAAAAGAAAAAAAAUAAAACAAGGGACAUGGGGAAUUUGAGAAAAGACUGAAAAAAAAUCUGAAAAGAUUUCAAAAGGCUGGUAAUAGAAUGAAAUAUAAUGCAAAGUAGAAAGAAGCUGGAUUAGGGGAAGUCAGAAAAUCACGAUGACGUAUCAGUGAAGUUUUAGGUAGGAAAUGCUCAGAAAAUAAGAGAUUUUUUUCAGGGUAUAUUCUGUUAAAUCAUAGACUUCAUUCCUUCAGAAAGUCAUUGAAGCCCAAGAGUAGAACAGAUUUCCAAAGUAAAACAGUUAUUUAUGUGCUUAAAAGAAGAGCCCAAAUUAUCACAGCUAAUUAUAACACUUUUCAACCUCUCAAAAUCUACUUCAAGAUUUUAUACAAAAUUACCUGUAAUAACUCCAGUAGAAACCUAAUACAAGUUAUGCUUUAUCUUCAUGUCUCCUAUGAAACAUUUGGCAUUGGCCAGGUCAGAUACUGAAGCAGUCUGAACUCAGGGAAGAACCUCUGCUCAUGCAUGCACCACACAUCGUGCAUCUCAUGGUGCAAUGAUAACAGACUCCAGCACAAGAAGAAAAGUAUCUGGUGUGGCUAGACUCCCAGAAAAUGAGCUGUUUUAAAAAUCAGCUUGUUUUCAAGUCCAGAACACUGCAGAGAGCACAGCACAUUUUAUACUGCACAUACCUAAUAGGGAACUUAAAGCUACCGGGAACUUUGCCCUGAAGUUUGUUGUUGUUGUUGUUGUUUUAAGCCCUGCUACUGUAUGUGUAACAAAUUGUGCUUCUCUCAAAAGAGAAGCAAGCAAAUGACAUCUGCAUGGCUCUCUUAAAUGAAACAACAGCAGCAAAAAACAUUCUUGGGAAGCCAAAAGGACAUCAGCAACAAUCUUCUAUGUAAAGUUAAUAAAACUGUUAGUUUUCCUCAAAAAGCUGAGCAGUGCUUUUGGAGGGCAAUUUCCUGGAAAUUUCAAUGGAAAUUUUUUCUUGGAAAAUGUCCUAAAUCAGCGUGUGCUUCAACCAAUGAGAUCCCCUGUGGCUUCUGCAAGCAGCAGCUAUUUGUGCAGAAGUGAAUGCAAUAGGCAUGCCUGAAGUCAUACUUUCUCCCUGACCAGGACUCAGACUUGUGUGUUUAGUUCAUGGUUUCUCACAGACUUCAUUUUAAUUUGAAAAUAAGUGGUAUGAAUGAGUACAACUGGGAGAAGGAUAAGGCUUGAAAGUCAAUCUUAUGCCAACCCACCUAAAACUUAAACUCAAAAGAUCUCUCCCAUCAGGAAAGUAUUAUUAUGUUUUCACAACUCUUAGACUCAGUGUUUUGGCUUCAUGACUUGAGUCAGCAGGUAGCAAACACUGCCAAGACCAGGAUGUGAAAUGUGAGCAGCUGACAUAAACAUAAGAGCAUUUUACCUUGGUCUGUGUUUGAGCCACAAGAAGCUUUGCUUAGCCUUCUGGUGGCUAGCUCCUAGGCUCCUUUACAUAGAAAAACUCCCUGGAGCUAAGCCUUCAGUAGAAGGGACCAGUGUUGGUUACAACUGAAGAUUUUGAUCUCUGUGUCGUAUCUGACAUGGCUUUGGGGAUGGUUUGUGUGCUCCCUUAAAAGCUUUUGCUGAUGAAGGUUUUAAAAAGUGAUUACAUGUAUUCAUUAGCUGUUGAAGAUAGCAGACUGUCACCCUUGCUUCUAUAUGAGCCUUCUUUCCCCAAGGGAGAAGGGGCAUUUCAAUGCAGUGAGCUUUUCUGAUUCUGGUCCUUGGUUUUGUCAGCUUGUCACCUAUUGUGUGUAGGCUCUGUCACACAUUUUCAUGAGAAAUACCAACCAGGAGUUAUGUUGUUGAAUGCCUCUUCCCUGUUGUGCUUAUGUGUAGCUUCAAGGAAGAACAAUGUAUUUGGAAAAAAAUGCUAUAUGUGAUUUCCUCUGUUCUGCUUGGUUUUGAUCAUGCUAAAUGGGAACUUAUGUACUGUUGAAACAAAAUAAAGUGGCCUUGUGUUUACACCA